UUGAAAUUUGGAAGGGCCGCACGAUUCGAGUUGUUCUUUUUGCCUUGACCUGGAAGGUGGGUCUCCGUCCCAAAAGCCUCUCUCCGACAUGGACCAAUCGAAACCCGCCCAGAAUCAGCCACCGCCCCCGCCCCCGCCCAGAGCAGCUCCGCCGCAGCCGCCGGCGCGGCCACCGCCGCAGCCGCAGCGCCAGAGGAGCAACAGGAAAAGACCCCUCGAGCCCAGUGUUUGGAUUCAAGCCUCUCCUUACUACAAGAUGCGCUCCGUGCUCGGCGACCUUCGCCCUUCUUUCAUCGAGGUGCUUGCAACCCCGGACUUUCGGAAUUGCAGGGCAGCUCAAGAAAUUAGAGAAAAGCUGAAGCUGUUUAUGGAACUAUACAGACAGAUGACUGCUAGUGCAGAAUCAAUCUCUUCUACGAAAUAUAACAAUGUGAAAGACGGGAAGCGUGUGAAAGGAGAGAACCAGGACACUGAAAAGCGGCAACCUGAAGUGCUCGAGACUCGGGGGUCAUACAUUGUUGGUGGAUCAGCUUUUGGCUGGAACUUCAUUACCUUUCCUGGCCAUAAACCGGCGUACUACGGUCCGACAAAAGAGUCGUUUCGAGCUUCACAAGUGGAGCUACAAGAAAAGAGAACUGCUUCUGUUCCCCGCGUUGGUUGAGAGAUCAUGAGCCAUCACACUCGAUUGGUGUUGGGACUAGGAAUCACCAUGGAUUUUUUUUUCCCUUUUUUGGGCUAAGUGAAUCACCGUGGAAUUGUAUAGAGUCUUGGAAGCAAUAUCAUCAGUGUUCGAGGGAUGUAACUAGUCUUAGCUUCAUACACCAGUUUAGCUAUCCAGUGAAUCUCUUGUAAUGUGACCUCACAUUUUCGUUUUCCUUAAUACUCUGACUUUCCAUUUCUUUUCAAGGAAAAAGAUCAGCUCUAGCCAAUUCUUCU